UGGUAUUUUAUGAAAUGAUUUUCAAUAGAUGAAUAUUGAUUCGGAGUAAAUGAACAACCUUUAACAUCCAUCCCUGAGAUGCUUUUAGCUGGAUGUGCCCUGCAGGCUUUUGCAGCUUUGCAGUUAUUUACAGGAAAGGUGCAGCAGACAGGUGGUGUGUGAUUAGGAAGAAGCCGAUCUCCUCGGUGCACACAGCUGAUGGUGGUGCACACCUCGACAGUAUAGUGCUGCCAAUAAACUGAGAAGCCCGGUACAGUGUGGGUGAACGAGGGGUAAGGCUCCACACUGCCCCCCCUCCAGGCAUCAAUCCGUCUAGGAAAAGACUGCCCACUGCUGUGUUUGAUGGUGACAACAUGUACAUGAAUGACAAUAACCAAGAGUUUCGGUCACCAAACCAGAGCUAUUCCAGUCAGGGCAGAGGCAACAGCGGCGGCGGCGGAGGAGGAGGAGGAGGAGCAGGGGACGAAGACUACGAGAUCCCCCCUAUCACACCCCCGAACCACGCUGACCCUUCCCUGCUCCAUCUCAUGGAGCAUGAGUCAGGUUACCCCUUCCACUCCCUGCCUCACAAUGGCUUGCUCAACACCUACUCCUACCCCGAGCUGCCCGCCCUCAUGAUGUCCAACAUGCUGGGUCAGGACACUCACCUCCUCUCUGGGCCUAUGCACUCGAUAAGCAGCGAGAAGCGACCCUCAGCGGAUAUGAUGAAGCCCAAACCCAAACCUCAAAAGAAAAAGAAGAAGAAGGAUCCCAACGAGCCCCAGAAACCCGUAUCAGCGUACGCGCUCUUCUUCAGAGACACCCAGGCGGCCAUCAAGGGCCAAAACCCCAACGCCACCUUCGGGGAUGUGUCCAAGAUCGUGGCCUCCAUGUGGGACAGCCUAGGAGAGGAACAGAAGCAGGGGUACAAGAGGAAAACCGAGGCGGCUAAGAAAGAGUACCUAAAAGCCUUGGCUGCGUACCGAGCCAGUCUGGUUUCCAAGACGUACAAUGACCCCGAACCAAAAAGUGCCCAGCAGACCAGCCAGCCCUCCCACCUGCUGCCCCCGAAGCAGCCCCUGUACAGCGUGCCCCCUCAGCCCUCCUCACCCUACCUGGGCCCGCCGGGCUCCUUCCCCCUGUCGGACCUGCAGAGCUACGGCGGUCCGCCCCGCCACAGCCUGGCCCCGGCCCUCAGCCAGUCCCAGAUGCUCCCGCCCAGCAUGAGUGCCUCUCCCCCAGCACCCUUCCAGAUCAGCCCACCUCUGCACCCGCACGCUCAGCUCUCCCUGCACCAGAGCUCCCUGCUCAACCAGCCAAUCCGCAUGCAGCAGUCGCAGCCAAUCAUCUCACACCAAAUGGGGCUCCAGGCGCCUCUGCAUUCCCCUCCUCUCAGCCAACAGGGAUUCUCCCACAUUCAGGCUGAUUACCAGAACAGCGUCGGGGGCUCACAGUCUCCAGGAGCCCCCAAUCCAGUGCACGGCCAGAACCCCGACUGGGAUAGUGAGUACUGCAACAGGGACUGUGGACCCAGCCAUUGCGGCAGUGGCAUGGGAGCUCGGGACAAGCCUCUCUACCUCACUUGAAAUUGAAAGACCUCCAAAUGUCAGACUCCAGGGAGCUUUCUAACAUAACAACAACAUCAUCGAUGUAUCUGCUUCUACACCAUUUUUGUUUUUCUUUUUUUUUCUUUUUUUUCUGCUGGAUUUCGAAAAUCCCAAAGACUGCUACAGUAACUUCACCUAUUUGCCAAGCACUUAGAUCGGCCAGAAGCCUGAGGCACUUCUCUUGCUUUUUUUUUUUUUUUCCUUAUCAGUGAACUUUCCAUUUUUUUGAGGGGGCAGUGAGCUUUAAGCUCAUGCCAACAUACUGGAAUUGAAGACCAAAAAAAUGUCUUCUCAAUUUGUUUUGAUUUUUUUUUUUUUUUUUAGAGAUGAUUUUCUCUCCUCUUCACUCCAUUACUCUGUGUUUGCCAUGGACUGCCCUUAUUGGGGAGAUGAAAUGCUCGACGCAUACUCAGUGUAGGAGUCUUGGGUAGAAAAUCUAAUGCAGGAAACUAGAAAAUAGUCACCUCAUGAGGGGUGGAUGUACUUCGGGAUAGACUGAAACACCCCCAUUGAGCGAAAAACAACAUUUUAAUGAAGGUAUAGUCACAAAACACAUAAGACAUUUGUAAAUCAUCCUUGCCCUUAGUAAAGGACUCCCUCAUUUCCUUUAUUUAUCACAGAGUGAUUGUAAAUAUCACCAAAAUGGAUCCCUCUUAUGUGUGUAUUUAGCUGCAGUCCCUUGCUUUUUUUAAACAUCCUUUUUUGUUUGGUUAUGUGAUUUCUGUGCAGGCGGAUUCAGUGAGGGAAUACACACACUAAAACUUGUGUUGAAACUGUGUUCACUGGUCUUGUAUCUCUCCCAAAUAAGAGGGGAAAUGCAAAGACUGAAAAAUGCUCAAUUUUUUCCUCCUCAGCUGGCGGAGCUCUGAUAGAGAGUGUCACUCUCUCCACAUGGCCUCAGGACAUUACAGAACUGUAGGGGUCAAAGAUUGAAACCUCUCCUUUUAGCUCCUCUCGCUCUCGGUCGCUAAGGACCACCUGUAACCCCGCCCACCAUCCCUUAGUCCCAACACCACUUGUACAGGUGAAUAAAAAAAGUUGCUAAAUGUGAAAUGUUACUAAAGAAAAAAACAUAACAGUGGGUUUUAAAAGUUUUUGACUAGUUUUAUUAGGUGUUUUAGAAUUGUGUUGAACUCAUCUUUAUCUUUUUUUGUGAUAAAAAAAAAAAAAAUUCUUAAGAUAUUUUGUUGGGUUUUUUUUUUUCUUUCUUUUUUUUUUUCACUGUCGCAGGAUUUACGUUUCAGAGGAACGGUCAUGGGGGUAGAUAUUUUAAUUUUGUGUAUAAAACCUGCCAAACGUACUUCUUUAAUUUGUAAAGCCAGUGAUGAGAGAACCCAUUUUUUUUUUGUUUUUGUUGAAUAUCAUAUGUUUUACAAUAUGGUCAUUCUAUUUAAUUUGGUUGCAGGUUUUACAUUUAUUUAUGAAUGAUAUGAAGUAACAUUUUGGCUCAUUUUUCAUCAUUAUUAUUAUUAUUAUUAUUAUUAUUAUUAUUAUUAUUAUAAAUAUUAAUGAUCAAACAACAUGAUUAUUAGAAUAAUAAAUAUUUUUUCAGAAAUUGUCGUUGGUGCAUCACUGAUGUUCCAACAUUAGAUUCAUUUUUGUGUCACAAAAUUCUUCUUUUUGUUUUCUUUUGUCUGUAAUAAAAUGUUUAAAGUGGAAA